CUGAAACCGACGUCACCUACGGAACGAGUGGUGUUUGGGCGGCCGUGCUGGAGUAAAUGUGGAUAUGAUUUCAUGCAAGGCAUGAAUGCAUUAAGGACCAUUGCUGGUGUACAGAGGAAGAUUCCACAUGUUUUAGCAUGUUGUGGGUGCAACAAAUUUUUCAGUACAGAAACUGCAAGAAAAGAACCAGAGGAGAUAAAAAUACCAGUACCGUGGGGGCAUAUUGCAGGUAAGUGGUGGGGACGGACGGAUAUCCAGCCAGUAAUUGCUUUGCAUGGAUAUGAGGAUAAUGCUGGGACUUUUGAUCCUUUAGUUCCUCAUUUAAAUGUGGAUGGACUUUUGGCUAUUGACUUUCCUGGACAUGGACAUUCAUCCCAUUUCCCAGUUGGAAAAUUUUAUCAGUUUGUGGAUGCUGUGUUAACACUACGUUUGAUUACAAGGCAUUUCAAGUGGAAUAAGGUAUCACUCAUUGGACACUCUUUUGGCAGUGCGACAAGUUUAGCGUAUGCUGCAACAUAUCCUGAAGAAGUAGACAAAUAUGUUAGCAUUGAAUGUGCCAGGACAAUGUUGGCUGUGAGGCCAGUAGUUGAUGUUAAAGCUUAUCAGUUUGCUGACUGGAUCAUAUCUGUCGAAGACAAAAUGGAAAAAAAUAAGCCCCCAAGUUACACUUAUGAGGAAAUACUGAAACGUCUUUAUGAAGGUAGUGAAAAAUCACCAACAAUAGACUCGUGUAAAAUAUUGCUUCGGAGGGGAGCAGUUCGUGUGCCUCAUGGUGAUGAAGACAGGUAUUACUUCUCACGGGACCCACGGCUGAGGAUCCAUGUCUGGGGCCGUCUCUCAUUUGAUGCUAUUGUUAGCUUAGCUCAGAAUGUGAAAUGCUCCAACCUUAGCAUAAGAGGUAAUCAAGGUUCUAUUGUUGGUAUACAUGAGGAAGUGUACAUGAAGACUGUAGAGAUGAUGAAGAAGAAUGGCAGCAGAGUGGAUCAUUAUAAUGUGGAUGGCACUCAUCAUCUGCAUCUAAAUAAUCCAGAGAGGAUAUCACAUCUCAUUAACAAGUUCCUGUUAUCAUGACAAUAGUUGUAUCUACUGAACUAAGGUAAAGAUACAGACUGGGAAGAAAAGUGGUGUGACAGAGACAGGAUUUUGGAUUUGGUUGUAUAAUCAAAUGAAUUGGUAAUGCUUUUUAUUAAUGGCUUAUUUAAGCUGGGUCUUCUGUUGGGGAAUACACACUAGUCAUAUAAUAAUUUUUUUUUCCUAAUUUGGGGCCACAGUCAAUUUCUUUAAAGUCAGUACCGCCAUUAGACUGUCGUUUAUUUACAGUGUUCCAUUUACACUUACACAAUCAUGAUUUCGGCUGCGAAGUGCCAUUAUCAAGUGCUUUAAGUGUUAUAAAUUUCCUAAGAUGGCAUACUGUCAUAGUGUAUUUUAAUACAACAGUAUGCCAUCUUAGGCAAUUUAUAACACUUAAAACACUUGAUAAUGGCACUUUGAAGCUGAAAUCAUUAUUAUGUAAGUGUAAAUGUAACACUGUAAAUAAACAACAGUAUAAUGGUGGUACUGACUUUAAAGAAACGCUAGUCAUACUUAGAAUGUGCAUAUGUAUCAAUUUUAAUGAAUACUCACUGGAUGCCUGCUGGAAACUUCACUACAGCCUUAUAGUUUUACCCUCUAGUUUAACUGUGUUAUUCCAUAGAUCUCAUUCAUAAUGUCUGGUCCAUAUGAAAAGUUUCACAUCACUACUUAAGAAAUCUUCCUGUGUUCUAACCCUCACAAAGAUUCUUCUUCUCUAAUAGACACACAUAUAGCACAUUGUGAUCCUCCAGAUGCUGUGUAGCAGCUGAAUGCAACACACAAACUUGUCUGUUGUGGUCUCCUUCUCCUCUUCCUCGGAUCUAUGUAAAAAUGUUAAUGUAUAGAGAGCACAUAUUUUGGCAUUAUGAGCUUUUUUAUGUAUCUGAUUCAUGUAUUGCUUCUGUCACUGAAAUUAUAUUAAUGGUCCAAAUAAUACUAUGAGAUAGAUAUCACCGGUCAUCAUGUCUGUGAUAAAGACAGAUUUAUCCUAUUGUUACGUAGAGUAACAGCAGUUCCAUAAGAUGUUUUGGAUUAAAGUAUUUUUGUUUUUUAUAUAUAGUCUAUUCUAUGUUGUUCUGAAGAGUUGAAAGUUGCACAAACAUAAUCUUGAAGUUGAAGCAGAUUGACAUAGGUGGAUUUUAAUCAAAUGUGGUGCAUUAUUCAGUUAUUAAAGCAAACUUUCAAACUGU